CUCGUUCACUUGCCUGGCUGCCUUUGCUUUGUGCUUCCCAUUCCGAGUGCCGCCCGCCACCCGCCACCCGCCACCGCCUCGAGUCUCUCCCGCGGGCGCGAGGUGCACGCUCGAGUCACCACCAGAAGGGCGCGGAGGAGGCCGGCUGACAAGAGGCGGCUCUGUGCGCCAAGAGCCCCGGCGCGGGGACCAGACCAGAGGCGGCGGCGGCGUACGUGCGCGCGUGUGUACGUGGUGCGUAUGGGGUCGAGGCGGCGGAGACACCACCACCACGGCCGGUGGGUUGUGCCCUCCGUGGCGCCGGCGGCGGCGGCUUUCGCAGCGGCGGGGUUGCUCCUCCUCGUCGUCGCGUUCCAUUGCUUCCUGUCGCUGCCGCUAAGCGACGCCAGUGGCGGCUCCCGUGUCUUCCGGCGCCCCAACCCGCCGUUCCUGUUGAACAAGCCAGCGGAUGUGCGCAGAAAUGUAAUCGGUGCCGUGGAUUUCGCUGUUCCAAGCGGUGGGAGCAAGCUCGGGGAGGAGCUCUGGGAGUCGAAGGCGGCGGGCAACUUCUUCGGCUGCAGCAACGCCACCAAACAGUUCGCCGAUGCCGAGGCUGUGACCAAGUCGGACCGUUACUUGAUGAUCGCGACGAGCGGCGGACUGAAUCAGCAGCGAACAGGGAUCAUAGAUGCUGUUGUUGCAGCCCGCAUACUGAAUGCAACACUUGUCAUUCCAAAGCUGGACGAAGAAUCCUUCUGGAAAGAUGCGAGUGACUUUGCGGAGAUAUUUGAUGUCGAUUCAUUCAUAUCCUCGCUUUCGAAUGAUGUAAAGAUCAUACGCCAAGUACCUGACAGGAAUGGCAAACCGCCUUCGCCGUAUAAGAUGCGUAUUCCUAGAAAGUGUACUUCUAAAUGCUACGAGAGCCGAGUGUUGCCUGCUCUUCUAAAGAAGCAUGUUGUUCAGUUAACCAAAUUUGACUACCGAUUGUCAAAUAAGCUAGAGACUGAUCUUCAAAAGCUUAGGUGUAGAGUCAAUUAUCAUGCACUAAGGUUUACAGACCCAAUCCUCCAAAUGGGUGAAACGCUUGUCCAAAGAAUGAGGGGGAAAAGUGGACGUUUCAUUGCUCUUCACCUAAGAUUUGAGCCUGACAUGCUUGCUUUCUCUGGUUGCUACUACGGCGGUGGAGACAUUGAGAGAAGAGAACUUGGUGAGAUUCGUAAGAGGUGGAAGACCCUGCAUGCAAGCAACCCUGACAGAGAACGACGGCACGGAAAGUGCCCUCUAACACCAGAGGAAGUAGGGCUCAUGCUCAGGGCAUUGGGAUUUGGGAAGGACGUGCACCUUUAUGUUGCAUCAGGAGAUGUAUAUGGAGGCGAGGAGACACUGGCACCUCUGAAGGCACUCUUCCCAAACUUUCACUCGAAGGAAACUCUAGCCAACAAGGAGUUAGCUCCUUUUUUACCAUAUUCAUCUCGCAUGGCUGCUCUCGAUUUUAUCGUAUGUGAUAGGAGCGAUGUCUUCGUGACAAACAACAAUGGCAACAUGGCCAGAAUGUUGGCUGGUCGAAGGAGAUAUUUUGGGCACAGGAGGACCAUAAGGCCCAACACUAAGAAACUUUACUCAUUAUUUCUGAAUCGGACCAGCAUGAGUUGGGACACAUUUGCAUCUAAAGUCCAGACCUUUCAAAAGGGAUUCAUGGGGGAGCCCAAUGAGAUUAAACUAGGAAGAGGCGAAUUCCAUGAGCAUCCUGUAGAUUGCAUUUGUGCAAAAUCGAAGGGAAAAAGCGUACAGAGCAGGCAUCACCUAGUUAAAGGCGCUGGAGAAGCUGUGGAGAACCAUUCUAUUGAUGGGGAACUUGACUGGAAGGAUUUGGACUACGGAGAGCAUACACCCUUGGGCAGGGGGGAUUCAUCGAAUGAAACCGAAUCAGACGAUGUCCGUAUUGGUGGAUCAGACAUUCCUGAAUUGGAGGAUAUGAUGUCAGACUAGACACAAAUAGAUAGUUCAUUAUAGUUUUUUCUUUUAUUUACAAAUGGUUUGGUGAUAAGUUAUUUUGAGGACAGAAGAUGCUACAUGGUUUAUUUUUCUCCUGUUUAUUCUUGGAGAUUGCAGACACAUAGAAACAAGUUUUUGCCAGCUCGACAAACAAGAAAGGCCUGGAAGAGCUAGAGCUUCCUACAGAAAAGACAGGUAAAUACAAAAUUCUUGAAGUAAGCCAAUGCUAUUCUUUGGCCCUCAAGUGCACUUGAUUCUUUGAAAAAUUUAAGUUUACCUCAUAAAAAUCUCAAUAUAUCUGUAUCAUCACAUCAUUUCAGUCUUGUCAUGCCUUUGACCCAAUUUGCAUUAAAUCAUCAGUAUUGAGUAUUCACACGCUCUUGUCUUGUGAAUGCAGGAAGCCUAUAGUUCGGUAUGAGGUAACAACUGUACAGUGUAUGAUGGACCCUGGGGAAAUGGUUUCUUUUUCAUAUAGCU